CGUUAGAAACGCCACGCUAGCAUCGUAAACGAAAUCGUAGGGAUUUAAAAUAAUUAUAUUUGGCAUUGUGUUAAAUUGACGUGGUGCAAAUAAUCACCGAUUCCCUCUUACAGAAUCGGAUUUUCUGUCCAACUAGCCAUAGAUAGUUAGCAAAAAAACGUUUUGGACGAUUUGCAACUAGCAUAAAGAUUGCUAACAACUAAUGAGUUUGAGUCCUCCGCCAUGGAAAGCAUGCUGUUAUCUGUUCGGCUUAUCAAGAAAACAUGACACUCCCUGUGAUGGAAUCUUCGAGCAUUAUGGCCCUUCUAGAGCAGGCGGAAUCUCACCUGGCUGAGAUAGAGCUACUCUCCAGUAUGUACCCCGGUGAAGACGAGCUGGUGAUUACUGACCAACUAGCUGUGGCUGAGCUCAGGGAGUAUGUGGAGGGAGCGACAGAUACCUAUCCUCUGUCCAGACCACACAUCCUCAUCAAACAGAAGCUGGACACUGACACUGUGAAGGGGGUGAACGUGACCAUGUCUUGCACCUACUCAUCUGACUACCCUAAUGUCUUACCUGACAUAGCUGUACGGUGUCCUGACCUCAGCCGAUCCCAGCAGGCCCAGCUUCACUCAGACAUGAACGCCUACCUCUCAGAGAGCUGCCGUGGAGAUGUCUGCGUCCUCUCUGCCGUGGAGUGGGUGAAAGACAACGUACACCUGUACCUGACCGACAAGAGCACAUCAUCAUCAACAGCCCCUGGCAAGAAAGAGUCUCGGUCUACCUGCUCAUCUCCGCAGCCCAAAGAGCAGUUCAGUCGCCUGUGGAUCUACAGCCACCACAUCUAUAAUAAGAGGAAGAGGAAGAACAUUCUGGAGUGGUCCAAGGAGCUGGAUCUGUCAGGGUUCAGUAUGCCUGGCAAGCCUGGGAUCAUCUGUGUAGAAGGCCCUCAGUCGGCCUGCGAAGACUUCUGGGCCAGGGUGAAGGUUCUAACCUGGAAGAAAAUCAUUAUUCGCCACAGAGAGGAUGUUGCCGUGGACAGUCGGAGGGCUGAGGCCAGCGUGGCAGACCACACGGAUUCCCUCCGUAGGUUCACAGGGUUCGAGGAGGCCAUGUUCGAUCCACACGGGAACAGAGGAAACCAUAUGAACCUGGGCCAGCUCUAUCAGUACCUCAACGAGAGAGGAUGUGGAGACGUCUUUCAGCUUUACUUUGGAAUUGAAGGAAGGUAGUAUAGCUGAUAGGGUUGGUCCCAUAACUGUUGGUUGUACCCACAUGAACCAAUGGCAGUAAGCAAGUUCCCACAUGAACCAAUGGCAGGAAUCAAGUUCCCAAAUGAACCAAUGGCAGGAAGCAAAUACCCACAUGAACCAAUGGCAGUAAGCAAGUUCCCACAUGAACCAAUGGCAGGAAUCAAGUUCCCAAAUGAACUAAUGGCAGGAAGCAAAUACCCACAUGAACCAAUGGCAGGAAUCAAAUACCCAAAUGAACCAAUGGCAGGAAUCAAGUUCCCACAUGAAUUCAAUGGCAGGAAGCAAAUACCCAAAUGAACCAAUGGCAGGACUCAAAUACCCACAUGAACCAAUGGCAGGAAUCAAGUUCCCACAUGAACCAAUGGCAGGAAGCAAAUACCCACAUGAACCAAUGGCAGGACUCAAAUACCCACAUGAACCAAUGGCAGGAAUCAAAUACCCACAUGAACCAAUGGCAGGACUCAAAUACCCACAUGAACCAAUGGCAGGACUCAAAUACCCACAUGAACCAAUGGCAGGAAUCAAAUACCCAAAUGAACCAAUGGCAGGACUCAAAUACCCACAUGAACCAAGGGCAGGAAUCAAAUACCCAAAUGAACCAAUGGCAGGACUCAAAUACCCACAUGAACCAAGGGCAGGAAUCAAGUUCCCACAUGAACCAAUGGCAGGAAGCAAAUACCCAAAUGAACCAAUGGCAGGACUCAAAUACCCACAUGAACCAAUGGCAGGAAUCAAGUACCCACAUGAACCAAGGGCAGGAAUCAAGUUCCCAAAUGAACCAAUGGCAGGAAGCAAAUACCCAAAUGAACCAAUGGCAGGACUCAAAAGGAUUUGCACAUGAGAUGAUGCAUUCUCAGUAGGAACCUAGUGUGAUUUUAUUUGUUGUUAACUGCAUACAUUACUAAACAGUACGUUCUAAAUAGUACGAUUAGCACAGUAUGUUGUUUCAGUAAGUAGUAUGCAAGACAGAUUUUGGACGCAGCCAUUGUCUAUGGGGGUUAUUUUUGAAUGUUAAAGAAAUCUGCUUUAUACCAAAAUAAUCUACAGGUUGAGCUCAAACUACAGAAUACACACAUUAUCCACAAAGUCCUUACGUACAGAACACAGUUGCUUCUCUGUAGAAUCCCUCUUACUGUUCUUAGCUUGACGCUCACCAACCAAUGUAGCACCAUGGGAGUCAGGGACAACAGAAAUUAAGAGAGAAGUGCAGCUAAUCCACACAGCGAUGAGCCCGCAGCUAAUCCACACAGCGAUGAGCCCGCAGCUAAUCCACACAGCGAUGAGCCCGCAGCUAAUCCACACAGCGAUGAGCCCGCAGCUAAUCCACACAGCGAUGAGCCCGCAGCUAAUCCACACAGCGAUGAGCCCGCAGCUAAUCCACAUAGAGAUGAGCCCGCAGCUAAUCCACACAGAUGAGCCCACAGCUAAUCCACACAGAUGAGCCCACAGCUAAUCCACACAGCGAUGAGCCCACAGCUAAUCCACACAGAUGAGCCCACAGCUAAUCCACACAGCGAUGAGCCCACAGCUAAUCCACACAAAGAUGAGCCCACAACUAAUCCACACAAAGAUGAGCCCACAGCUAAUCCACACAAAGAUGAGCCCACAGCUAAUCCACACAAAGAUGAGCCCACAGCUAAUCCACACAAAGAUGAGCCCACAGCUAAUCCACACAGAGAUGAGCCCACAGUAAAGUGAGAAUGGUGGUUGGCUGGGGGGUUUACUGAACCCCUUCUCAAAUACAGGCCUUGAAGUCUAACCCCUACUGGAGUGUAUCCUUCCUCUCUAAACACAGAUUCAGAACUGUGACACCAGGUAGGGGGGUAUCUAACUACCAGGGAGAAAAAACAACCACCAGUGCUGUGGAUACCAUUGCUCAGAUUUGUGUACGCCUGGUUUCCACACCUCGUCUCCAUCAGCCCCUAUUUUCAGAAGCGUCAGCUCCAAAUCCUUUGUCCAGGAUCACCUGAGAGGUAGGAUGGUAGUUUGGUAGAUGGUAGCAGUGAAAUGGAACAAACUGAAACACAACGUGAGAAUGGUUUUACAGAUUCGUCACAAGUCUGAUCAAACUUAUUUUAUGCAUUCAAUACAUUCUACAAGCAAACAAACUCAUGUAAAAUAUAUCCGACUAUAAAUAAGAAUAGGGGUGGUAAAUGACUUGAGUUUAAAAAAAAACCUCAAUGGUGCUCGGAUAGGGAAUUACUGUGUUAAUGUCUAUGAAUGGUUUGUCCCGGGAGAUGAGUCACCUUGCCUGAGAACUGAAAACGUAUGUUAGCUUCCUGAGCCAAUGUCUUGGCUUUAGCACAGUUCAUCAUGUCAAAUACAGUACGAGUUGCACCCGUAUAAUGAUUUUGUAGAUACUAAACGAUGUUUGAGGAUAAAUGCAACACUUGUAAGUGCAUAGUGUGUGUGUGAAUAAAUACAACACUUGUAAACAC